GGGCCCGCGAGGCGGAAAGGGGAGGAGGAGCGGGCCGGGAGCCGCGCUGCGCGGGCCCGCGGCUGCAGGCGCCGGGCACCUAACGCCGCGAUGGGGCUCGAGACGGAGAAGGCGGACGUCCAGCUCUUCGUGGAUGAGGAUUCCUACAGCCGCCAGAGCUGCGUCGACUACGCGGACCCUGAGAAGUUCGCGGACUCCGGCCCAGAUCGGGAUCCGAACCAGCUCAACUCCAAUCUCAAGGUGGGCUUCGAGGAUGUGAUCGCAGAGCCCGAGUCUACGCACUCCUUUGACAAAGUGUGGAUCUGCAGUCAUGCCCUCUUUGAAAUCAGCAAAUACGUGAUUUACAAGUUCCUGACAGUGUUCCUGGCUAUCCCCCUGGCCUUUGCUGCGGGAAUUAUCUUUGCCACCCUCACCUGUCUGCACAUCUGGAUUAUAAUGCCUUUUGUAAAGACCUGCCUAAUGGUUCUGCCUUCAGUGCAGACGGUAUGGAGAAGUGUGACAGAUGCUGUCAUUGCCCCACUGUGUACAAGUGUAGGACGCAUCUUCUCUUCUGUCAGCUUGCAACUGAGCCAUGACUGAACAUUUGGCUCCCAGGUCUGGAGAUUUGGACACUGUAAUACGUCUUUGUUAUAGCAUAAAAACAUUGCUGUUCUGUUCAUUCCCCAGCUCUUCUAAUUAAGAAGACUAUUAAAAUGGGCAAACCACAUUUAGAAAUGUUUAUUGGCAAGUAUUUUCAAAUAAUGCUUUUCUAAUUAAUAACAAGGAUUUUAUAUCUACUUUUAUAACCAAAAUUAAAUGAUAGAUUGGAAACACUAAUUUUAGAGACAGAUACUAUUUGCUUUAAUACAAAUGUAUACAUUUUACAAUGAUGAAUUUAUAAUGAUCAAGGGAUAUUUCCCUCAAAACUACAAUGAUUUUAUCUACAACUGCACAUAGAAAUAUGGGAUUUUCUUACUUUUUUACUCUGGAAGUAAUACUUUUAAAUUACCUUUGCAGAUAAAGUGAUGGGGACACUUAGAUAUACAAAGAUCCUAAAGACUGCAGUGAUGAAAGCAUACAAUGGUGAUAGGGCAAAUAUAAUGAAAUAAAUGUGAAAAUAGAUUCAUGCAAAUGUGUUCCUUUAAAUAAGGUAUUGUUAGUCUACAGUCCUAUUUAAUGUUUCCAUUUUACUGUAUAUUUUGUACUUAAUGUAAAUGUUGCUCUAAUCAGAUUGCUUUAAAGCACUUUUAUUAUAUUUGUGUUCUUAUUGAGGUAAUAUAUACAGAAGUAAAUAUAUCUCCCACAAGGAACUCAUUGCUGAUAUGCACUGUCUCAGUCAUGUAAACAUAUAUAUCUUCUUUGGGAACAGAAUGUAAAAGAGUAAAAUACUGGCUUUUCUUUCUAAUUUUUCCAAGCAAAAUCAUGAAAUGUUUUAUAAUUAAUGUUUAUCUGGCUGUGAUCUUAAAAUAAUCUGUAUCUAAUUUUUAUUUUGUUUAGGAGAUAACUUAGAAAUUAAACCUAUAUGCUGCAAUUUCUAAUUGGUGCUAUUUAAUAACAUUUUAUAAUAAAGGCUAUUUCUGAUACUUAAGUACAAUUUUGACUACAGUGAUUCAUGUAGAAAUACUUCCAAGAAAGUUGUCAACUUGGUGGGUCCAUGUUACUGAAUAUUAUAUAUAAAUUAAACACUAACAGUUAUAAACUUUCAAUAUAUUGUCUAAUAUGGGUUUUGUUACUCAGUAUAAAAUUAUUCUGAUCAUUGUGAACUGUAAAAUCCUACUUCAAUGUUAUAAGUUGCUGUCAUUUUAAAAAUCUCAUCAUUCCAAAAUUAUAGCAUAUACAGAGGAUGUCUAUAAUGUAAGUGGUUGCUACAAUUUACACAUCUUAAAAAUGUAAAAAUGCUCAAAUUUGAGAGUUACUUUAAGAACCUGAAUUAACAUGCCUUUGAUUACCUUCAUAUAUGACAAGUAUUCUUUAAAGAUUAAUUUUAUUUUUCCAAAUUGCCAGAACUGGUGAGAUAAAGGAUAAUUAAGAUGAAAUGCUAUUGGGGACCAAAACAAAUGAAUGAUUAAAUUAUGGAAUUGCUAUUUCUCUGAAAGUAGCCUCAAAGGAGACUUUUAAAACUGUCUUUGGCCAUUAUAACAACCUUAGAAAAGACCUUCAUAUCAUUACGUUAAAGUAUACCACUCAUUUUACUGUAUAAAUUUUAUUAUGUUAGUCAGUAAUCAGGCCCAUGAUUUUAUAAUUAUAUCUUGUAUUGAAAGUGUUCCUUAAAAAUAUUUGGAUAUGUUAAUUGGCCAAAGCAUUUGAUUAAUAAAAUAUCUAUUUAAAAAAUCAUGAGUUUCUAUCAUUUAAAAAAACUUGGCAAGAUUUAAAUCAAAAAUACAUAUAUGUGGUCAUAUAACAAAUGACCAAUGAUAUAUAUGAGUUCCUUAUUUCUAAACAACAUUGAUUACUUAAAAAAUGAAUUUUUACUGAGAUUUGCCAUUAAUGAUUUUAAAGACUGAAAUAUUUUGCCAAGUGGAUGCAGGUUUUACGUGCAGAUGUGUUUGUUCUUUCAGUGGGGUGUGGCUAAGAGGUAGGUGAUGAGGAGACUUUCCCAAUAUCCAAAGUACACUUUCUAAAAACCCAUAGAUGCAUUAACUAUUUUUCUUACAUUAAAUGUAGAACUCAUAAAUAAAGAACAUUUUCAAACUAAUUUACCUUAUUAAAAACUCAUAGCAGAUUUAAAAAUACAUGAGUUAUUGCUUAUUCAGGAAUGUAUUGGUAAAAAAUGAUGAGAUUGGUGGUCUGAUUCUUUGUUUUCCCAAUACUUAAAGAUGUUGCCUAGUAAUUUUUCUAUCUUUUGAUAAAUAGUAUGGAUUAAUUGUUCACAGACCCUUCAUAUUUCAUUUCUUCAUGAAAUAAAGUCUCUUGCUAAUCCUGAAUAAACUGAUCUUUCUGUUUUCAAUUUUUAAAUAAGAAAGUAAGACAAUAUACAUCAUAUAUUAUUAGAUACUGGUACCAUGAGGCCAGACUAGACAGUAUAAUUACUUUUGGAAAGUGAAUAUGUGAAAAUAGUUGCCUAUAUUGGCAUAGAUUUUGUUGUCAUUUUUUUCUGGAAAAUUGACCAACCUCUAACAACAGAGCAGGUGUCUAACUUUUUCUUUUAUUUUUUAAAAGAUUUUAUUUAUUUGUUUUUUUGAGAGAGAGGGGAAGAGAAUGAGAAAGAGGGAGAGAAACAUCAAUCUGUGUGAGAUACAUUGAUCGGUUGCCUCUUGCACACCCACAACUGGGGACCUGGCCUGCAGCCCAGGCACGUGCCCUGACUGGGAAUUGAGCUGGCAAACUUUUGGUUUGCUGGCCAGCACUCAGUCCACUGAGCCACAUCUUAAAAUGCUCUUUAUUGUUUCAAAGAACUUUAAAAAUCCCUCCUUUCAAUAAUUAUUCACAUCCCAUGAAUUUAGGGAUAUCUUCGGAAGCUGUUGGAAUAGAAUGGAAAGAAUCCUACCCUCAAGGUCAAGCAUCUAGACUCCACUCUCAGCACUCCCAUUACUGAGGUGUGUCACCUCCUGGGAGUGGUUCAGGCUCAGAGGUCUCAAUUUUCUUAUCUUUAAUGAAAGAAUUAAACUAAAAUAAAAUCUCUCGGGACCUCUCUGUCUCAUUGUUAUAUUCAGUAAGGUGAAGACUUGGCUAUGUAUAUGCAAACCAAUCUAUUUGUUCAAUCCAGAAAUUUUUUGAAAUCAUAAAUGUUCUAUCAAUUACAGGGCUGAUGUGCUAUAACUACAAUAAUUACUGCAUUUGCUUUUCACCCUUUAGUUGAUUGUGAAACUGUAUGUGGCUUUGAUUCUUUAUGACAGGGAUUCCUAAAUUUGUAACAAUUU